AUGCAGGACAAGGUGAUGGCCGGAGAUUACAAAUCAGACAUAAAUAAACCUGUCUUUUGUAUCGAAGGGACGGACAAUGGCGGCGGAAAAACUACUCCGUCGCUGUUUGGGAAAUACAAGCAAAGUGUUCAGACCCUCAAACCUUUCCGUUGGACCUCGUCGCAGCAACACCCAAUGGACAAUGCGGGGUUCUUCUCCUUCACCACCUUUACAUGGAUGACGUCCAUGAUGUGGGCCAUGUUCCGGAACAGGCUGGACAUGAACACUCUCAAUUUGUCACCUUUGGAUGAGGCUGAAGGAAGCACAGACAGGCUGCAAAGACUCUGGGAGGAGGAAAUAGCAAAGUCGGGUCUGGAAAGGGCCUCUUUGGUCCGAGCCAUUCUAAGGUUUCAAAGAACAAGGCUUAUUCUCUCUGUGAUGGUUGGGGUCCUCGCCAUGGUGGCUGCCUUUCUAGGUCCGGCCGUUCUAGUCUACCAACUCUUGAACUAUGUUGAAGACCCUUCCAAGUCAACCCGAGCGCAUGGCAUUGGCCUAUGCUUUGCUCUUUUCACCUCCGAGUUCUCAAAGGCUUUCAUCAUCUCGCUGCUGUGGGCGAUCAACCUGCGAACAGCAACCCGGCUGAAGGGGGCCUACAGCGCUCUGGCCUACCAGAAGGUCAUCUCGCUGCGGGUGCAUAGCGGUAUCUCCAUGGGAGAGAUCAUUAACGUCCUGACUAACGACGGCCACAAGCUGUUCGAGGCUGUGCUGUUUGGCAGCUUCGUGCUGUCGGCUCCUGUGCUCUUUUUUGUCUGUAUCAUCUACGCCUGCUACAUCCUCGGCGUCACGGCGCUGAUGGGAGUUGGUACCUAUCUUGUCUUCAUCCCUGUGCAGUUUUUCUUGGCCAAGCUCAUCAACAAGUUCCGCCACAAAGCCAUUUUGAUGACGGACAGUCGCGUUCGAACUAUGAACGAAGUGCUCAACAGUAUCAAGCUCAUCAAAAUGUACGCCUGGGAAGAUUCCUUUGAGAAGAAAAUUGCAGAGUUGAGGCAAACGGAGAAACGACAUCUACGCAUAGCCAGUUACAUACAGAAUGCCAACACCAGCAUCACCAGCAUCAUCCCCACCAUGGCCACCGUGCUCACCUUCAUGCUGCACACCUUGUUGGGCUGGAGACUCGACACCACUGAAGCGUUUACCACCAUCGCCAUCUUCAACGCCAUGCGUUUCUGCCUGGCUCUAAUGCCACUGUCUGUCAAGUCUCUGGCCGAGGCCAACGUGUCCAUGGCACGUCUUAAGAAAAUAUUGCUGAUCCAGAAUCCGGAUCCUUAUUUAGUGCAGAGGAAAGGAGGAAACUCUGCAAUCGUAAUGACAAAUGCUACCCUGUCAUGGAAUAAGCAAAACAAACAGAACCCCGGCAUACUCAACGGAGGGACGGGAAUUUCCAACGGUGAAAUAGGAACCAAGGCGGAUGCAGCAUCUCGGGAUGAAAAUUCCAACCUCUUGCCCACUUUAAGGAAUAUUUCCUUCUCACUUCCUAAGGGCAAGUUGCUAGGUGUCUGCGGAAAUGUUGGCAGUGGGAAGACCUCGUUGAUAUCUAGCAUUUUGGAGCAAAUGCACCUCCUCCAAGGCUCGAUCACGGCGGAUGGGACCUUUGCGUAUGUUUCCCAGCAGGCUUGGAUCUUCCACGGCAGUGUUCGAGAAAAUAUUCUGAUGGGGAACCCAAUGGACAAGGACAAAUACGAAAGAGUUUUGGACGUGUGCAGUCUUAGACCAGACUUAAAGAUACUACCACACGCUGAUCAUACAGAGAUCGGCGAGCGUGGCCUGAACCUGUCAGGCGGUCAGAAGCAGAGGAUUAGCCUGGCACGGGCCGUCUAUUCCAAUAAAGACAUCUUCCUGCUGGACGACCCUCUUUCAGCAGUUGACGCCCACAUGGGCAAGCACAUCUUUGAGGAGUGCAUCAAGCGCCAACUCCGGGGAAAAUCCAUCAUCCUGGUCACACACCAGUUACAGUAUCUGGAGUUCUGUGAUGACAUUCUGGUGCUGGAGAAUGGCGAGGUCCUCGAGUCGGGGAACCACCAUUCGCUGAUCACGGCCAACGGACGUUACGCUCAGCUCAUCAAAGGCUACAAGGCAGAGCAAGCCAAAACUGAGAAAGAAGAAGAGGCAGCUCAAUCUGUGAAGGAGAUAGAGGUUGAGUUUAGAGAACGAGCAAACAGUGGCAUCAUCAACCCAGCCUUCGAAAUCACAGAUGAGGAAGAGGUUGGAGGAAUAACCAGCCAACAAUCAGUGAAGAGUGGCGACCAGCUGGUCAGCGAGGAGACAUACACAGAGGGCGCUGUCUCCUGGAGGACUUACAGACAAUACUGCAAGGCAGCUGGAGGUUACAUCAUCACCUUCCUCAACUUCCUGAAUGUGAUGCUGAUGAUCGGCUCCACAGCUUUCUGCAACUGGUGGCUCAGCUAUUGGCUAGGCCAGGGCAGUGGGGUCGAGUUAACCAACGGGACCACUUCAGACCAGGGAGACAUUUCUAAGAACCCAGACCUGCACUUUUACCAGCUGAUCUAUGGUAUGAUGGUGGUGGUCAUGGUGGCCCUGGCCGUUGUCAAAUGCUUCUUCUACACUCAUGUCACCUUGAAUGCCGCCUGUCGCUUCCACGACACCAUGGUCAAGAAGAUUAUAGCCAGUCCCAUGAGCUUCUUUGACACCACACCGACAGGCCGCAUUCUCAACCGCUUCUCCAAAGACCAGGAGGAGCUUGAUAGUGUUCUCCCACUUCACAUGGACCCCUUCCUGCAGUUCGCGCUGCUGGUGGCCUGCACUGUGAUCAUCAUCUCGGCUGUUUUCCCGCCUAUGCUCAUUGCUGUGCUCAUCAUGGGACUUUUGUUCACCCUCAUGCUCUUCAUGUUCCAAAGAAGCAUCCGCUUGAUGAAGAGGAUGGAGAACAUCAGUCGCUCUCCCUGCAUCUCGCUGACCACAUCCACUCUGCAGGGCCUCAGCACCAUCCAUGCCUAUAACUUGAGAGACAGCCACAUCAAGCUGUUUAAGUCCCUGAACGACAUCAACUCCAACCACUAUCUGCUCUUCAACGCCGGGACUCGUUGGCUGGCUUUCAGGCUUGACUUCAUGGCAGCAACGUUGACCUUGUUCGUGUCACUCUUUGUGGUUCUGAGCAGUAACGAGGACAUCAUUCCAUCCUUGAAGGGCUUGGCUUUAUCCUACACCAUACAGCUGACAGGGAUGCUGCAGUACGUGGUAAGGCAAGCCACAGAGGUGGAAGCCAGAUUCAACUCAGUGGAGAGGCUGCAGGAGUACAUCCUGGGCUGUAAGUCUGAGGCAGCAAGAUACAAAAAAGAUGCUUGUAUUCCAAAAAACUGGCCAACGGGCGGGUCCAUCACCUUCCGGGACUACAAGAUGAGGUACAGAGAGAACACACCUGUUGUUCUGGACGGACUAAAUUUCCUCAUCCGAGCCGGCGAGAAACUCGGAAUCGUCGGAAGGACAGGUUCCGGUAAGUCCUCUUUAGGAGUAGCACUAUUCCGGCUGGUCGAACCAGCUGGGGGAACCAUCCUGAUCGACGGAGUGGACAUCUCAGCUAUUGGACUACAAGAUCUGCGAAGUAAACUGUCCAUCAUCCCGCAGGAUCCUGUGCUAUUCAUCGGCACAGUCAGACACAACCUGGACCCCUUUAACAGCUACAGUGACGAGGAGAUCUGGGCUGCACUGGAGCGAACCUAUAUGAAGGACUCAAUCAACAAACUUGAGGGUCAACUUCAAGCACAGGUGUUUGAGAAUGGAGAGAACUUCUCAGUCGGGGAGCGGCAGCUGAUGUGCAUGGCGAGAGCGCUGCUGCGCAACUCCAAGAUUAUUCUUUUGGAUGAGGCGACGGCGUCCAUCGAUUCCGAGACCGACGCCCUGAUCCAGACCACCAUCAGAGAUGCCUUCAAGGACUGCACCAUGCUCACCAUCGCCCACCGUAUCAACACAGUCAUGAAUGCCGACCGCAUUCUGGUCAUGGACAAUGGAAAGGUGGCAGAACUAGGCGAUCCAGAAGUGUUGUCGAAAAGGUCCGAUUCACUGUUCUCCUCGCUCUUGUCGGCCACAAACACCGUGAGCACGUCGGACUCACUUUGA